AAAAAAGGGACAGUAUGUGCUAACGUUACUGAUUUGAAACGGACACCUGACGUCUCGCUGUAAUGUUGGUCGGUUAGCUAGUUAGUGUUAACCGGUUGCGGCGUGAUUUGUUUUGCUUGAAUUGUGUUAUAAUAACUAGGAACUUACCGAACUGGAUUGAGGUUUACCGGUAAUUAUCCGCUAAACAACACUGUUUCGCUUUGUAUCUGGUCAUCGCCUUUGAGUUAAACCUGUUUUUACAUCUUGGCGAGAUCUAAACCAGCACCAAGAUGUCAAAAUACACAACUUUUCCCGAUUCGUCUGAUGAUCAUAACCCAUUUCAGGAUCCAUCAGUGACUCAGCACAGCAGCAACACUGGCUAUGCCACGCUGGACCUCUACAACCCAUUCGACAACAACCAAACAGCGCCUCCACCUCCCUAUGAAGCCACAUCUCCUGCUGCGCCCCCUGCCCAAACGCCUCCCAGCAGGACCACGCCAACUGAACCCAGGAACUAUGGAUCCUACGGGUCACAGUCUGCAGUAAAUGCCACCACAGCAGAUCUGUUGAAGAAGCAGGAGGAGCUGGAAAGAAAAGCACAGGAGCUGGAGAGAAGAGAAAGAGAGCUGAAUGCUCAUGCACUUGGAUCUGGAGCCUCACGUCAGAAUAAUUGGCCCCCAUUGCCCUCCUUCUGCCCGGUGGGACCGUGCUUCUAUCAGGACAUUAAUCUGGAGAUUAGCCAAAGCUUCCAGCGCACCGUCACCACCAUGUACUACUACUGGAUGUUCACAGCAUGCACUCUGCUCAUUAACCUCAUCUCCUGUUUGGCUGUCUUCUGUGUGGAUCCCAAUAAUGGAGUGGGCUUUGGUCUUGCCAUUCUCUGGUUUCUCCUCUUCACCCCCUGCUCCUUCGUCUGUUGGUACAGGCCUGUGUACAAAGCCUUCAGGAGUGACAGUUCCUUCAACUUCUUUGCAUUUUUCUUUGUGUUCUUCGCCCAGUUGGUGCUUUAUGUUAUGAUGACUAUUGGGAUCCCAGGUUGGGGUUUCAGUGGAUGGAUCGUGAGUUUAGCCGCUCUCAGCACGAGUAAGGCCGUGGGUGCCAUCAUGAUGAUGAACGCUGUGCUCUUCACUGCACAGUUGGCUAUGGGAAUAGUGCUGCUCAAGAGGGUUCAUUCUAUGUACAGACAGACCGAGGCGAGCUUUGAGAAAGCCCAGGCUGAGUUCGCCACCGGUGUGCUGUCCAAUCAGGCCGUGCGCCAGGCAGCCACCAACGCCACCGUUUCCGCCGCACAGGGUGCCUUCACUGCACCCCGAUAGAGGAAAACAAAUGAGGUUCAACGGCAUCACUGGUUAAACAGCCUUGAGACAAAGUGACUUAUUCUAGCACACUUAGUCAACCAACACACUUGCAUGCACACCAGGUAAAACAAACUCAUAACCAUAGUAAAACUACACUGGACUUCUUUUUGAAUUCGUUUAUUGGUUCAGCCGUGUAAAAAGGAUCUUGAUUUGAAAUGAUGGUUUUUACAUAUGUACUCCAUCGAUCACGCUAGAAAAAGUCACUCAUAAUUCUAAAGAUAACAAAAAUACCUAAGACCCCCGAGUUUGUCUCUCUUUACAUCCCUAAAGCUUGUGUAAGGUCUCGUUAGCAGACGUGCCACAUUCUGCCUUCACUUUAUCCUUGACUUUCUUCCUUAUUGUGUGUAAAUAGCUGUUAACGGCCAUGAAAGGGAUACAAAAAAAUAAAGCUGAACUUGCCAAACGUUUUUCUUCAGAAGUCGAGGAAUAUCAUAGUUUAGAGAUUUAUGAUUCACUUGAUUAGUCUGUUGGUGGGUGGAUUUCUUGCUUUGACUUUUAUUUAUGAAAACGCAUGUUCAACUACUGUAUUUACCUCUUUGACACCUGACUAAUGGUUUAUUUUCCUGAACUAGAGCUUCGGAUUACUGAAUCAAACUUGAUACGUUGAUAUAAAACUCCAGUUUUCUUAUCAAACUACAGUUGCGGAGAUCGUUGUGGCCAAAAUAUGUAUUGCUUUUGUGAUUUGUAGCCUUUUUUUUCCACAAACCUUUGUCCUACACUAUAGUAAAUGCCUAAAUGAAGUAUUA